AUGGGUGCAGCUGGUGGAGUCUUUCUACGCUUCUGCGGCCUCCUUAUUCGAGUGCUGCAAUUUCUCGACGCUGCCGUCAUCCUUGGUAUCUUCUCAUACUACCUCGCUAUCCUCUCGAAACAUGAUCAAACCAUCGACACAUGGGUCAAGGCCGUUGAAGGUUUGGCCGGUGCAGCUACUUUAUACAGUCUGCUCGGUUUACUCUUCGUCUGCUGCCUCGGUGGCGUGACAUUCUUCGCUUUCCUCGGCGUUGUCUUCGACGUUCUUUUCACUGGCGCUAUGAUCGCUAUCGCCGUUAUGACUCGCCAUGGCACCAACAGCUGCUCUGGCCAUGUCAACACCCCCAUCGGCUCAGGUAACGCAAGCGAUGACAGCCCUUCGAAGCUGAGCUACGGAAUGGCUUGCAAAUUGGAGAAAGUCGUUUUCGCAGUUUCGGUGAUUGGAAUCUUCUUCUACCUGAUCUCGAUCCUCUUCCAGGUCCUUUUGGCCCGCCACCACAAGCGCGAGAAGCGCUUCGGUCCUUCCCCUGCCAACGGCUACACUUCUGGUAGCCGCAAGUGGUUCUGGAGCCGCAACAAGAACAACCCUGAGACCAACGGUGUCAAUGACAACGCUCUGCCUGGCCAUCCCACCCCCGCUGAUGUUGAGUAUGGCACCGAGCCCAAGGCUGAGAAGAAGUGGCUCGGCGGUUGGGGACGCAACAAGAACACCGCUGCUGCGAACGGCACCACUGCGACGGGUGCCGCGAAUGGCAAUGGAUAUGGAUAUGGCAACUCCGCUUACACUGGUAAUUACUAA